AUGGCGCCCCCAGCAGCAGUCCAGGACGACUCGCACCAGCGGCUGCUCGACGAGCUUGACAUCGCGCGCCUCCCGAAGCCCUUCCGCAACUCCAACUGGAAGCCGUCUGUACGCCGCAAUAAGAACGUCAAGCAGAUACUGUCCGAGACGUCGCGAAAGGAGGCCUCCGCAGUCGCCAGCCAGACCAACAGUGGCAGCUCUACUCCCUUUGCCGUAGCUGCUAGCUCGGCUACUGGUACUGGCACGGGGACAGCAGAGGGGUCGCAGACUCCCAUGGUGGCAUCUACAGCUGCCGCCCACGCUCACCAGCAGCAGCAGCAAGGCGGCGUCAAACCACCGAAUAUUGCUCAGGCAGCGCAGAGCCUGUCGACCCUUGUGCUGGAGAAGAACUUCCGAGCUGGUGCCCCCUCAGGUCCAGCCGUGACAUACACCAACAUUGAUGCGGCCCCGUCCUUGUAUCCUAGCCAUCAGAAACGAUACUGCGACCUUACGGGUCUUCCAGCUCCCUACACUGACCCCAAGACGCGACUACGGUACCAUAACAAGGAGGUCUUUGGUGUGAUCAGGUCGUUGGGCCCGGGAGUAGCAGAGAACUACCUAGAAGCCCGAGGAGCUCACACCGUGCUCAAGUAG